AUGCACUACAGCUCCCAGGGUGCACUGGGGGGCCUGGUUGAUGCACUGGCGCCGGUCCACCGCCGGCGGGUUCUGGCUAGAGGAGAGUUUGUUGCCAUGUUGCGGAGCGGCUGCUGGCGGCUGAGAGGGUGGCUCUACAGCCCGCGCGGCGCUCUGCGGGGUUCUGCCGAGAGCGGCCGCCGGGGCUUGGUGUCCUGCAUAGAUCCUUCCAUGGGACUGAAUGAAGAGCAGAAAGAAUUUCAGAAAGUGGCCUUUGACUUUGCUACCCGGGAGAUGGCUCCAAACAUGGCAGAGUGGGACCAGAAGGAGUUGUUCCCAGUGGACGCAAUGCGGAAAGCUGCUCAGCUCGGCUUUGGGGGAAUCUACGUACGAACAGAUGUAGGUGGGUCUGGACUGUCACGGCUCGAUACAUCUGUCAUCUUUGAGGCCUUGGCUACAGGCUGCACCAGCACCACAGCCUAUAUAAGCAUCCACAACAUGUGUGUCUGGAUGAUUGAUACCUUUGGAAGUGAGGAACAGAGGCACAGAUUCUGCCCACCGCUCUGUACCAUGGAGAAGUUUGCAUCCUACUGCCUCACUGAGCCAGGAAGUGGUAGUGAUGCUGCCUCCCUUUUGACUGCAGCAAAACGACAAGGAGAUCAUUACAUCCUCAAUGGUUCCAAGGCCUUCAUCAGUGGUGGAGGUGAAUCAGACAUCUACGUGGUCAUGUGCCGAACAGGAGGGCCAGGCCCCAAAGGCAUCUCUUGUAUAGUUGUGGAGAAGGGGACCCCUGGCCUUAGCUUUGGCAAGAAGGAAAAAAAGAUGGGGUGGAACUCACAGCCAACGCGCGCCGUGAUCUUUGAAGAUUGUGCGGUGCCCGUGGCCAACAGAAUUGGAAAUGAGGGACAGGGCUUCGUCAUUGCCAUGAAAGGACUGAAUGGAGGGAGAAUCAAUGUUGCUUCCUGCUCCCUAGGAGCUGCUCAUGCUUCAGUCAUCCUCACCCGAGACCAUCUCAGUGUUCGGAAGCAGUUUGGAGAGCCUCUGGCCAGUAACCAGUACCUGCAAUUCAAACUGGCUGAUAUGGCAACAAGGCUGGUGGCCUCACGGCUGAUCAUCCGCAGUGCAGCGGUGGCUCUGCAGGAGGAGCGGGAAGAUGCAGUGGCCCUCUGCUCCAUGGCCAAGCUCUUCGCUACAGAUGAAUGCUUUGCUAUCUGCAACCAGGCUUUACAGAUGCAUGGAGGCUAUGGCUACCUGAAGGACUAUGCUGUUCAGCAGUAUGUGCGGGACUCCAGGGUCCAUCAAAUCCUAGAAGGUAGCAAUGAAGUGAUGAGGAUGCUGAUCUCUCGAAGCCUGUUUCAGGAGUAGCACCCAGACUUGAUGUCCGGGCGUGAUGGUUAAUGUACACCUCGAAUCAGAGGUUUCAUAUGGACUGCAGAUGAGUCAUGGAUUAGAUUGAAGGGCUGAGCUCUUCCAGGUGGACCCAGAGCGUUGGGAGCAGCAUCAGCUAUAGGACUGGGACAGAGUCCUCAGCAGAACUAAAGGAGCUGCCCUGAUUGAGAUUGUCACAAGAAGACACACUACCUUGUUUUCCUAAUGCAAAAAGGUGACCAGGGAAGACUCACCACCAAGUCAGAGUCCUUUCUUGGAUACAUGUUGUCUUGAUUUGUCUGCAUUUUGGUGGUUCACUGAAUCUCUCUUCCGAGAUCUGAACCCUUCCAUUGAGGGUUUUUCCUGAUGAUAAAGCAAAGGUGUGGGAAAGGAGAAAUGGAGGAAAAAAUGCUCUCCUAUCUUUUCCUGUGCUCUGCUAAAGAUGCAGAAGGUUUCUGUGGGUUGCAUUUCCUUUGUAGUACACCUGUGAAUGUAAAUCAUGAUAAAAUGAGUAUUUGGGAAACCUUACUCCUAGGUGUGAUUUAGGGUAUAUCUGCACUUGUACACUUUCUGAAUAUCAAGGGCUGAAGUUAUUUGGAACUCUGAAUGUUUGUUGUUUUCUUUUUUAGAAGCAUGUGGUCUAAGAAUGGUAUUCAAGCUUCUAUAGCCCUUCCUGAUAAGUACUUUGAGCAUAUUUUCUUUCUAUCUGAGUGCAAGGAAAUGAUAGGCAUAUAGAAGAGAGAGAGUUAUCUGGCAAAAGUGAUAAAGUAGGAAGGGAUUCAUAAAGAAGGUAGAAAUUAAAAUUAAACUUUUUUGAAAAUGUGUAAUAUGUAAAGAGAACCAAGAAAGUCAGUUUCAGACGGGGGAACGAGGGGCAGGAAAAGUGCAGAAUUGGUGUGGGAGCUGUUUGCAGCUUUGUUUUGUUGUGCUUUGGGCUUGGCAUGGGAUGGAAAGAAAAUAUAAGUUGAAUCUGGAUGGAGAGUUGAUGGAGAGUUAUGAAAGCCAAAGUGUGGGUUUUAUUUCAUAAGUAGUGGAGAAGAUGAGAAGAGUUUUAAUGAAGCUAUGAUGAGAUAAUUUGUUGAUAAGAACAUUCUGGAAGGAAUAUGCAGGAUGAAUAUGAGGAGGGGAAAGACAAAGAUAAGGCAUGUCCAGUCUGUAGGUUCUGGAAGUAAUUAAGGUCAGAGGCAAUUCGAGCCUGAACUUGGAAGGUAAAAGAAAGAGGAUGUAAACAGAUACAGACCCAUGCUUAGAAUGUUUGCUGUGGAACAUGGAACAUGAAGGUCUCCCUCGUAAUUGGGCUGCUUUCUAGCAUUCACUUCUGAGGCUUCUGUUCAGAUUUGAAGCAAAAAUAGGUAUUAUAUUAAUGUCUUACUAUUUGUGUCCCUCAUAAGAGACUAAUGAAAUGCCAGUUAUUACAAAUGCAAUUCACUGUCACCCUCCAUUACUAUUCAGAGUUCAGUUCCCCAGCAGCCUAGCAAGGGAAUUUGACCCCUGUGGCAAGAACGUAAGGACAUUCAAGCUAAUCUCUAUCACUAUUUAUUUGGCCAUUCCAUAAAUGAAGCCAAAAGGAGCAGAACAAAUGUGUCUUAAGGAAAACCUCUAUGCCAAGUACUAACACAUUUACAAAGUGCGCUGGGGCACAGGUAGUCUUGUGAUCCUAACAUGAUGACCUCAGUGAAAAGUGGAUUUCUAAGUUGUAUUCAUAAUCUCUUUAAACUAUAUUCCCUUAUAAUACUUCUACAGUUGAGGGGGAAAUCUGAUUGUUUUGAUUAUAUGUCCCUUUAAACAGAGGAAUGUUUAAGUCACCCAUUAAAAUUUUCAUCCUUUGAAGAUUCAGUAAAUUAGAAAUAUCUUAUUUACUUAUUUGC